UUACACCCCUUGCUCCAACGCUGGACGGGAAUUUUCAUUGCUUCAUUUUUGUUGUUUGAUCACUUGUCGCAUAGGAAGCGUUACUUUCAACAGUAAAACUUAUGUAGCCAAUACAAUUGUAUCACUUUCCACUGGAACUACUUAGCAGAAGAUUCAAAGUAAACUUUUACAUUUUUUUUUUUACCACCGCUCGCGUUGGGCUCGAGUUGAUCGAGAAUGGGGGUUUUUUUUUUAAGCAGGCUUUUGAUCGUUCCAACAAAUCAACAGUAGAAACAAGUUUCACACGCAAGUCCCAUCACGACCUUUAACCUCCAGAUAACACAUGGAUGACCUGGAUGCUGUCAGAGGACUCUCUCCCUGGCCUGCUCCUCCUCCUGAGGACUCGGUGUCCCUCUCCACGUCCUCCACAGACACCAUCAACUUAGAAGAUGGCCACUACUCUGCCCUGCGAGCGGAGCUGGAGGCUGAUGCUCAGGACCUGGAGGGAGAGUCCUGGAGUGUUGCUGUGGACCAGCAGUACAUAAACAGCCUCCACCAAGACGCUGUAAAGAGGCAAGAUGUCAUCUACGAGUUGAUCCAGACUGAGGUGCAUCAUGUGCGGACCCUGAAGCUGUUGCUGAGUGUUUACCAGUAUGAGCUGAGACACAGCCUACAUAUGGAGGAUAGUAGGCUUGAGAGGAUGUUCCCUCAGAUCGACAGCCUGCUGCACAUCCACAAACACUUCCUGUGGUGUCUCAGGGACGGCCGGGACAGACACAACCACCACACUGUCACACAGCUGGGAGAUAUACUCAUCAACCAGUUUUCAGGUGAGAUGGGGGAGAGGAUGAAGGAGAGUUACGGCGUGUUCUGUAGUCACCACACUGACGCUGUCAGUCUCUACAAGGAACAGCUACAGAACAACAGAAAGUUCCAGAACUUGAUCAUGAAAAUCGGUCGGUUGUCCGUCGUUCGGAGGUUAGGAGUACCAGAAUGCAUCCUGUUGGUGACUCAGCGGAUCACAAAGUACCCCGUCCUGGUGGAACGCAUUCUACUGAACACUGAAGCCGACAGUGAGGAGCACGGUGCCCUGGCCCAGGCCCUGGUUCUGAUCAAAGAGACCAUCUCUGCUGUGGACUCCCAGGUCCACGACUAUGAGAGGGCCUCCAGGCUGAGAGACAUAGGCAGCAGGUUGGAGCCUCGUUCUCAUGGCCGGUGGAAGGACGGCAGGGUGUUCACGAGAGAGGAUCUGGCUGAGGGCUUCAGAACCCUGCUCCAUGAGGGGACUGUCAGCUGUCGGGUGGCAAACGGACGGCUCAAAGACAUCCAUGCUGUUCUGUUGUCAGAUGUCCUGCUGCUCUUACAAAAGGAAAAGGACCAGAAACUCAUAUUUGCUAAUGUGGACAACAAGACGUCGGUAAUCUCCCUCCAGAUGCUGAUCGUCAGGGAGAUGGCCCAUGAGGACAAGGCUAUGUUCCUGAUCAGUGCUUCGUCCAGCAUGCCAGAGAUGUACGAGAUACACACAUCCUCCAGAGAGGACUGCAACGCCUGGAUGAGCCUUAUACGAGACGCUGUCAACAGUUGUCCAGUGAUGGAGGAGCAGCUGAGCAAUGAGCAGGAGGAGGCCAGGCUAGCCAGGCUCAGAGACUUCCAAGAGCGUCUGUAUGUGAAGGAUACCCAGAUCGUGCAGAGCCUGACAGAGAAGCUGCAGAUGUUUGCUGACAUGGCAGAGGCUGUAACAGGGAUGGAGGAUGUAGCUGCCCACGCUUGUCUGCUGCUCCGCGGUGACGCCUCAGACCUCCAGCAGGGGGAGACACUGCUCAAGGGGGCCAUCACUGAGGUGGAGAAUCUGCAGAACCUUCUCCUGUCCGGUGUGACUGUGAGAGAUCCCAACCCCCAUCAAGAGGACAGCCUGGGACCAGGGAGGUUCAGUUUGAGGCCAGAAGUGGUACGCCUUUGUCUAGGGGGGCUAGGCCUUGGGCGGCUGGGGAACCUGUCGGUAAUUAGGAGAGCUGAGACCUUUGGAGGUUACGACUGCAACCCUCCCACCCCCAUCAAGAAUGUGGAGGGACGACCUCAACGUUCAAACUCUGACCCCCAGCUACAGGACCUCGACCAAUCGGAGAGCCUGGAACUGUCGUUCUUUUACGCCGUGCUGAUGCUCUCACAUAGGCUCUACGGUCUGCAGGCCAUCGUCUCCCAGCAGGACAGCCACAUUGAGCUCCAGCGUGCCUCUCUUUUGGAGCGUGAGCGUCCGGGUCGCAACCGAGGCAACAUGCUCCUGGAGCAGGAGAAACAACGUAACCUGGAGAAACAGAGAGAAGAGGUGGCCAACUUCCACAAGCUGCAGACACAGCACCGCCAAAACCAGGCUCGCUGGGAGAAGGAGCGGGAGCGUCACCGGCUGCAGGCGGAGGUCCUAGAGGCGGAGCUAAGACGGAGAGAGGAGGAGUGUAGGAGACUGGAGGAGAAACUAGAGGCGGAGAGAGAAGAGCUGGAGAGACAGAGAGAGACGUACCAACAGGAUCUGGAGAGGCUGAGGGAGUCAAUGAGGACGGUGGAAAAACAGAAGGAACACCUCGAUACACAGAUGAAGUUGAAGCAGAACAAGACCAUCACCAACCCUGGGAGUUUUAACUUCAAAGCUCAGCAGGCUCUCCCCUUCUCCCAGUCCUUCCGAGGGGAUCCUCCCUUCUCCCAGUCCUUCCGAGGGGAUCCUCCCUUCUCCCAGUCCUUCCGAAGGGACCUGACGGCUGAUUGGAUGAAGGGAAGAGAGGUGAUCCAGAUCCCCAAGGUCCUCGUUCCCCCCAGCCUCUCUGUAGCCACCAACAUUUUCCUGGAGCAGCCCCCAGAGGUGCCCCCUCGCAGGGAGAGCAUCAGCCCCGGGCCCGCUAAAACGGAGUUCCCCAUCCACCUGAUCAGCACAACCAACCAGGUGGUUCACAAACCAGGGGCCGUGCAACAGCAGAUACCCACCAAGCUGGCUGUCCUCGGCAACAAGGGCAAGGAGAAGAGCAGUAAGAAGAGGUCCCACCACAAGCGCAAUCACAGCGCAGCGUCCAUAGAAAUGUCUCAGGUGGUGCCGAUCAGAGUGACAGGAAAUGAGAGCCAGAGUCUGAGAGGGAAGAAGACUGUGAGCCCACAGAGAAACUACCAAUUAGAUUGUUUCUUCAGUCCUCCAGAGCCCCUGUCCAACGCUAAGCCCUCCCAGACCCUGUCGUCCAGCAGCAGCAUGAGGAGUAAUAACCAGAGCCACGUCCCUCCACCCGAACCUCCACCUCCCCCUCCACCCUUCCCCAAAGACAUAGCAAGCAAACCAACCAAGGAACACGUUAUCUACCUGUAAGGACACAGGGCGACACAGGGCGAGACCAAAACCAUAACUAAUAGGCCCUAUGCCAGGGCUCUGAAACUGGCGGCCCAUGUGCUAAAACCGGCCCACGAGUGAUUAUAUUUGGCCCGCCAAAGCUCUGUUCACAGUAAAGAUGUGAUUUAUGUAUUAUUUUUUUUGUGAUUGGGCUUUUCUAAUUGCUGGUACUUUAUUGAGUGCUUGUCUCUAAACUCUCUCUGCACUCAAGUCUUUAUCUUUUUAAGCCUUUUUAAAGAUGAUUUAAAUUCACGUUAGGAAGCUGGUUAUUACUAUUAAUUGUUUACAGAUCUGAGGUGCCAAGCACGUUAUCUCAGAGCGCAUAAGAAACUCCUUUUAAUCUGAAUUGACCUGUUCCUCGUAUUAUAUUUCUUCAUGUCAUAGAAUGUAUGGAAGUAAAUGUUCAUUGAGCUGUGAGGUGUAAAACUUUUAUGGCCAGUUUACCAGACGCAGAUUAAGCUAAGUCCAGGACUAAAAAAGAUUCUCAAUUGAGAUUCUCCCAUUUUUUUAUUUUUUUUUGUCCAAGACUAGGCUUAAUCUGUGUCUGGGAAAUGGGCCCUUAUGGUAUGGGAAUUAUGGUGUAUUUUAACACUGUGAAUAAUAAUGACUACUGUACUAAAUUAUGCCAAUUGUACUGUGGUUUAUGCCGUUUUGUGAUUUUUGUUAUGAAGUAUACAGGAGAGGGUUUCAUGACAUUUUUGUGGACUGUUGAACGCAGACAGCUUUCUCCACACCAUAUCAACAUGGAUUGUUGUCAGUCAAGUUUUAGUUUAGUUUUACGACAGGAAAGCUUGUGUGUGAGUGAAAUGUUAGAACUCUCUUAUGUCUGCACUUUGAACAAGAGACAAAUCGUUUUGCCGGAUGGUUUUCCUCAUCGUGUAACUGUCAAAAGAUUAUGUUCCGGGAACCAAGGAAUUUUUUGAACAAUGUUGUUUUCUAUCGGGAGGAUGUUUGGAAGGAUUUGUGAAGUAUGUUGCUCAUGGUUACACAGUUUCCAGUGAACACCGUCUGGGAAUAGAAUUAGAACACAUAUGACAAAACAUUUGUUUUUACUGCUCUAAUUACGUUGGUAACCAGUUUAUAAUAGCAAUAAGGCACCUCUAGGGUUUGUGGUAUAUUGGCCAUAUACCACACCUCAUCUGGCCUUAUUGCUUAAAUAUAUAUAUAUUUAUAUAUAUUUGGUCUGGACAUUCUGCUGUGAUGUUGAUGUCCUGGUGAAUUGUUGUGGUUCCCAUCCACAGCCGAUGGAAGGAAUAAAAAAUAAUUAUGAUGCCUGUAA